CGCUGCUCUGUUGAUAAGCAGCUCCGUCCUUUGCGUGGAGGUUAUGGCUGAUAACUUUGGGAAGAAGGUGGACAAACUGGGUUUAAGUGAGAAGAACGAUGCGUAAAUACGUAUUUCCGUGCGUAAUGUCAAGGGGCGAGCAUUUCGACGCGGCUACCGUGACGUGUUCCAAAACGAGAACCCGCUACUAUGUCAAACGCUCAGGUUGAGAUCUGUGGACGCGGAUUCCCACGAUUGUCUGUGGACAUGACCGACGACUGCUUGGCCCGGGUCUCGUCCUUGCUGAGGACACACGCGCUGGGCGCGCGGAGAAACUCUUACGGCCUGCAGAAAAUCAGCAUGGACACGCAUUCUCCUUUAUACAGCGGCAUCUCCAAAGCCCUGUCGUGGUCAGCUGAAAACAUCCUGACCUUAUCCGAGUCCAGAGCAGAGGAUGAGAAAACCGACGACUCUCCGCAGUCGCCGUCUCCGGUUUCCAGCCCCGGCGGCAGCUCCAACACGCCCCCCUGCAGCCAGGAACCCGAGCAGGGGUCCAUCACUGGGAAAUGGGACAAGGUGCAAAGAUCCGGGGCUCAGGACGCCAGUUCAGACUCUGACAAUGAACUGGUUCAGACUAAACAGCACAAGACCUUGUCUCGGAUCCAGUGGGCAGAGGAAGAAAAGGAGGAUGUGGAGACCAAAGCUGUGGCAACAUCACCAGAUGGAAGGUACCUCAAAUUCAACAUAGAGAUUGGAAGGGGGUCCUUCAAGACUGUGUAUAAAGGACUGGACACGGAGACCACAGUGGAGGUGGCAUGGUGUGAGCUCCAGAGCUGGUGGUGGCAGAGCUGAAGAUGUUACAAUUUUCUUUGGAAGUGACGUGGAUGAACAGGAUUA